AUGUCAUUCCAGCAGACACCGACGAUUGUGGUGCUCAAGGAAGGCACCGAUUCCUCUCAAGGACGGGGCCAGAUCAUCAACAACAUUAAUGCUUGUCUUGCUAUUCAAGAUACCCUCAAGCCGACGCUUGGACCCUUUGGCAGAGACAUUUUGAUCGUUCUGUCCAAUGGUAAAACCACCAUCUCCAACGAUGGCGCCACCAUCCUUAAAUUGUUGGACAUUGUUCACCCUGCGGCUAAGAUGUUGGUUGACAUUUCGCGAGCCCAGGAUGCCGAAGUUGGUGACGGUACUACCUCGGUUACCAUCUUGGCGGGUGAAUUCUUGAAGGAAGCCAAGUCGUUCAUUGAUGACGGCAUCAAUUCCCAUCUCAUAACUAAGGGGUUGAACAAGGCGUGUGACCUUGCCGUUGCCAAGAUCAAGGAGCUUGCCGUUGACAUCAAGAAGGAUGAUCCGAAGGAAUUCAGAGAAUUACUCGAGCGCUGUGCGCAAACGGCGAUGCUGUCAAAGCUUAUCUCGCAAAACUCGGACUUCUUCACCACCAUGGUAGUGGAUGCGGUGUUGUCGCUUGAUCAAGACGAUUUGGACGAAAAGAUGAUCGGUAUCAAGAAGGUGCCUGGGGGUAGUAUGGAAGACCUGAUGUUUGUCGACGGGGUGGCGUUCCAGAAGACCUUCUCCUACGCUGGGUUUGAACAACAACCUAAGCUGUUUACCAAUCCUAAGAUUGUGUGUCUCAAUGUGGAAUUAGAGCUCAAGGCUGAACGCGAUAACGCCGAAGUGAGAGUGGAACAAGUUAAGGACUACCAAGCGAUUGUCGAUGCCGAAUGGCAAAUUAUCUUCAACAAGCUCGAAGCAUUAUACAAGCUGGGGGCCAACAUUGUGCUUUCCAAGCUCCCCAUUGGCGACUUGGCCACUCAAUACUUUGCUGACCGCGACAUCUUCUGUGCUGGGCGUGUGCUGAGCGAGGACAUGGACCGGGUGAUCAAGGCUGUGGGUGGUCUGAUCCAAUCUACGUGUUCGCUGAUUCAGGCCAAGGACUUGGGCACCUGCGAGCGGUUCCAAGAAGUGCAAAUCGGGUCCGAGCGUUACAAUUUGUUCGAAGGGUGUCCCGAAGCCAAGACUUGUACCUUGAUUUUACGGGGUGGUGCCGAGCAAGUGAUUGCUGAGGUGGAAAGACUGUUACACGAUGCGAUUAUGAUUGUGAAGCGGGCACUUAAACACCACCUGGUGGUGGCUGGGGGUGGCGCCAUUGAGAUGGAGCUUUCGAAAUACUUGCGUGAGGUGGCGAAGACGAUUGCGGGCAAAGAGCAGCUUAUCAUUUCCGCGGUGGCGCGGGCGUUGGAGAUUAUCCCGCGCCAGUUGUGCGAUAACGCCGGUUUCGACGGGAUCGAGCUUUUGAACAAGUUACGCUCAUCUCACGCCAAGGGCGAGACGUGGGCCGGGAUCGACUUCAAGACGGAGUCGGUGAGCAACAACAUGGACAACUUCAUUUGGGAGCCGGCGUUGGUCAAGAUCAACGCGAUUCUGUCGGCGAUUGAAGCGGCGGUGUUGCUUUUGCUGGUGGAUGAAACCAUUCGCAAUGACGACCAAGAAGGAAAGCCUGCCGGUGGUCGCGGGCGCGGUGCAUACUAA